GAUCGGGGGGUCCCCGUGGCCCUCGCCCCUCGCUUCCCGGGGGCGCCCGGCGGUCUGCCCCUGGAGCCCGUCCCCCCGGGCGGGGCCCCGGCGCCCAUGGCCCUGGCCGACAGCGCCCGCGGGCUGCCCAACGGGGGAGGCGGCAGCGGCUCCUCCUCGGCGUCGUCGUCGUCGGUGGCGGCGGCGGGUUCGGCCGAGCCCCCGGAGGCCUCCCCGGCGGCGGCGUCGGCGGCGUCGGCGCUGUUCCCCGAGAUCGUGGAGCUGAACGUGGGCGGGCAGGUUUACGUGACCCGGCGGGGCACGGUGGUGUCGGUGCCGGACUCGCUGCUGUGGCGCAUGUUCUCGCAGCAGCGGCCGCAGGAGCUGGCCCGGGACAGCAAGGGCCGCUUCUUCCUCGACCGGGACGGCUUCCUCUUCCGCUACAUCCUCGACUACCUGCGGGACCUGAGGCUGGUCCUGCCCGACUACUUCCCGGAGCGCAGCCGCCUGCAGCGGGAGGCCGAGUAUUUCCAGCUGCCCGAGCUGGCCCGCCGGCUCGGGGGGGGCCCGCAGGCCGGGCCCGACGGCGACCCGCCGCCCCGGGGGCUGCUGAGGACCGGCGGGGACGAGGCUCAGCAUCCUCAGCAUCCUCAGCAGCAGCAUCCUCAGCAUCCUCCUCCUCAGUCCUCGGCCGGGGCGUCCUCGCCCCCCGCGGAGCCCGCUAGCCCCGGGCCGGCCGGGGCGUCCUCGGCGGCCCCCUCCCCUUCCCCGGAGGGCGGCCGGAGGUCCGGCUACAUCACCGUGGGCUACCGGGGCUCCUACACCAUCGGGCGGGACGCGCAGGCCGACGCCAAAUUCCGGCGGGUGGCGCGCAUCACCGUCUGCGGCAAGACCUCCCUGGCCAAGGAGGUCUUCGGGGAGACCCUCAACGAGAGCCGGGACCCCGACCGGCCCCCCGAGCGCUACACGUCGCGCUACUACCUCAAGUUCAACUUCCUGGAGCAGGCCUUCGACCGGCUGUCCGAGGCCGGCUUCCACAUGGUGGCCUGCAGCUCCACGGGGACGUGCGCCUUCGCCGGCGGCGCCGACCAGAGCGAGGACAAGAUCUGGACCAGCUAUACCGAGUACGUCUUCUGCAGGGAGUGA